AUGCCAAAGCCUGCAGUCAUCACCAACAACGGCAGCAGCUUCACUCAGGCAGGCUUUGCAGGCCAGAAGAAGCCCAAGCUUGUGCUAAGGACUGUGUCGCUGCAUCCCUGCCGUGCAGGUACGAGGUGGGAGACCCUGCAGCACCCCACUACCGCUGGAAGCAUGGCGGGCUUCCCCGCAGAACCCAGGACUUACCCACUCAGGCACGGCAUCAUUGAGGACUGGGAUGGCAUGGAAAACCUGUGGAGCCACCUCUUCUUCUGUGGCCUGAAAGCUCUCGCAGAGGAACAGCCGGUGCUCAUGGCCGACUCUCCGUCUUGUCCCUCCACCAACAGAGAAAAGGUGGCGGAGGUGCUUUUCGAGAGCUUCCAGGUGCCAGCCCUGCACAUGGCUAACACCGGGUUCCUCUCCCUCUGCGCCUACAGCAGAGUCACCGGUCUGGCCGUGGAGGCUGGGGCAGGAGUGUCCCAUGCCACCUCGAUCUGCCUGGGCCAGGCCUGGAGGGCGGCCACCUACCACCCCCGCCUGGCUGGGGGGUUUCUCUCGCGCAGCCUGUUGAUGGAGAGCCCCAGUGACCCCUCUGUGCUGAGGGCCUUGAAGAAGACAACUGAUCCAGCUGAAGAAGCAAUGCUGCUAUGUCUCCAUGGACUAUGA